ACUUUCAGCGAAAUGAAACUAGCCAUCUGGAAACUGAAUACCAAUAAUCUGGACAACUUUUUUUGCAUUUAAACAACAAAAUGUUUAGCUAUCCAUAUGUACGCAAGAUGAUACCGAGGACAGCUGAUACUCAAAGGGGAAAUGCAAUAGCAGAAUCCACAACGAGUCCAAAUUCAUCUCUAUCUGGUUCUCUGAGUGAGGAGCUCCAGUGUUCCAUCUGUCUGGAGGUGUUCACAGAUCCAGUCUCCACUCCAUGUGGACACAACUUCUGCAAAAUCUGCCUGAAAGGAUGCUGGGACAACAGGCAUGACUGCAGCUGCCCAAUUUGUAAAGAAACAUUCAACCAAAAGCCUGAGCUCAAGAUCAAUACAACUCUCAGAGAGAUUGCAGAUUACUACAAAAAGAGAAGUCAACUGAAAAUAAAACAGCCGAAAAAACCUGCGGUGUUGUGUGAUAUCUGUACAGGCAAAAAACAGAAAGCCCUGAAGUCGUGCCCUACGUGUCAGAGCUCUUUCUGUGAGGCUCACCUGGAGCGUCAUUUGAGGGUUCCAGGUUUAAAACAACACAAACUGAUAGACCCUGUAAAAAACCUGCAGGGUCAUUUGUGUCAGAAACACAACAGACCUCUGGAGCUGUUCUGCAAAAAUGAUCAGACGUGUGUGUGCGUGAUGUGCACUGUGACCGAACACAAGUUUCACAACAAUGUUCCUGUAGAGCAGGAGAGUGAAGAGAAGAAGAGUCAGCUUACAAAGACUCUGACAGAUGUGCAGCAAAUGAUCCAGGACAGACUGACGAAGAUUGAAGAAAUCCAGCACUCAGUAAAGCUAAGAAAAAAAAACACUGAGAAAGAGAAAGCAGACAGCAUCGAGCUGUUCACUGAUCUGAUCCGCUCCGUUGAGAGAUGUCAGUCUGAGCUGCUGGAGAAGAUGGAGCGGAAGCAGAAAGCGGCAGAAACACAGGCUGAAGAGCUCAUUAAAGAGCUGGAGGAGGAAAUAACUGAACUCAAGAGGAGAAACACUGAGCUGGAGCAGCUCUCACACACUGAAGAUCACCUGCACUUCCUACAGAUUUAUCCGUCCCUGUGCAGGCCUUUAGACUCCAAGAUCUGGGCUGGAAUCCGUAUUAACACUUCUGUGAGUGUCGAGACUCUGAGAAGAGCUCUGACUCAGCUGCAGAAGACUCUAGAUGAGAAACUCAGUCAAACUGUGUUGAAGAGGAUACAGCAGUAUGCAGUGGAUGUGACUCUGGAUCCUAACACAGCUAAUCCUGAACUGAUCCUGUCUGAAGAUGGAAAAAAAGUGCGACACGGAAACAUAAAGCAAUACCACCCAAACCAUAACAAGAGGUUUGAUAAAUAUAUGAUUGUCCUGGGAAACAAAGGCUUUUCGACUGGUAGGUUUUAUUUUGAGGUGCAGGUUAAGGGAAAGACUCAGUGGAGUUUAGGUGUGGCAAGAGAAUCCAUUAACAGAAAGGGGGCGCUCAACCUGUGCCCUGAGAGUGGAAAUUGGACUUUGUGGCAGAGUAAUGAAAAAGAAUAUAAAGCUUGCGAAUCUUCCCCUGUCUCUCUGUCCCUGAACGUUAAGCUUCAGAAGGUGGGUGUGUUUGUGGAUUAUGAGGACGGUCUGGUCUCCUUUUAUGAUGUGAACUCUAAGUCUCACAUCUACUCUUUCACUGGUCAGUCUUUCACUGAGAAUCUCUAUCCAUUUUUAAGCCCUUGGUCUAAUGGUGGAGGUAUAAAUUCAGCACCACUGAUCAUCUCACCUGUUAAUUACAAUGAAUGAAGUACACCUAAAUACCAGAUGAAAAUGUAAAUGUUCGCUAAAUGUAAAUGUUCAGCAUUUUUGUAGAAAAUUAUUUUAUGCAUGUUUCAAGAAAUAUACACUCUUUCUUUGCUUAUCUCUGAUGUGAUACUGACCUGUAAAGAGUCUGUGAUGCACAGUUCUUCUUUAGUAUCUUGCACAAUAAAAAUGUUUUAAAAAUUGGUACUUUA